AUGCCCUCAAUUAUGAAUAGAACCGAAUUUCUUGACAGGAUUAAUGUGAUCUUGGAGAGCAACGCAUUGCAAGCAAGAUUAUACCACCAAGCACCAAAUCCCAACAUGGUCAUUCACACGAUCAGAAAAAAUGGGAGAUCCUUUCGCGAUGAUUUAAAAUUUGUAGCAUAUAAUGCUUUCUCCAUUACUUUAUGUAAUGAGGCGAAGUUACUUUUAAACGAGACAAGUAUCGAUGUCCUGAAUAGAGCCGCUACGAUGUUAUGGAAGAGGGCCCCUCAACACACAAAACAAGACUAUAGGACUUGUGCGCAAAUGGUAAGCGCAAAUAUACCGAAAAGAAGACUUGGUCGAGUGUAG